UGCUGGUCUGGCUUCCUUUUGACACUCUGACCACCACCAGACACGACGCAAACACGCGCCCGCCUGUUGUUGCUUGUUUGCACCGAGCCGACCCCGCGCGCGCACAGCACUGCGCCACACCACAACUACACAACACGCACCUCGGACCAUCUCAACCCGGCGACAAGGUCAACGUUGAUCGAUCAGACUGCUGUGCACCCGCAGCGCUACUAGGAUCGACCAGCGGACACUCAACACCGACGACGCGUCGAGACAUUGUGUGUGACCAUUGGCCUGCCUGCCCGUCAAUCAUCUCAUCACUCAACCUUGACAAGUCUACUACUACUCGCUAGUCGCCAUAUACCUCCUUUUGUUCGCACCGAGGUCACUUGCCCACCGGCCUGCAGCAACUCAGAUCUAUCCCUCCGUGAAUCUCUUCUUCCUUUUGUUCUCCUCCUAGGUCAACCCCCCUCCAACCACCGCUGUCAAGAUGCAGCCCGGCGACAUCUACCAGCCGCCCCCGGGCAGCCAGCCGCGACGUGACAACCCGUAUGCGGCCCAACCCCCCCAACCGCCCGGACAGCCUGGCUUCCCACCUCCUCAGCCGCCCCUUCCGCACAGCUCGAGCCAUCAGAGGAUCGCCAGCAACCCGUUCAACCACCCGGCAGACAACCAACAGUGGGCGCCGCCCGCCCCUCCGCGCCCUCCCACCACAGACCCGCAAUAUAGACCUUCAACUGCCCAGAGCUAUCACUCGAGCAACGUUCACAACCCUCCCAACAUCCCUCUUCAAAGAAUGGACUCGCCAUACAACCUGGGCGACCCCCGCUUAACGUCGCCGCCUCCCAUGGGUGGGUCGCACACGGACCUCUCGUACCCUCCUCGUCAACAGCCGGGAGGUUAUGGUCCGGCUGAGGACGACUAUGGUGACGCGCAGCCCCUCCUGGGCCACGCCUACCCCGACCCGCGUCUCGGCGGGCAUGCCACCCCCUCCCCCCGCCCUUAUCAGUUGACCGACAACGGCGCCACGCCGGGCCACGGCGACAUGGGCAUUCGCUUCGACCCCGCCACCCGCUUCAACGCGCCGCCGAGCGAGUCCCGCCCUUACAACGACGAGCCGGGCUCGAAUCUCCACUAUGGUCCUGUCCCCAACCGCGUGCUGCGCCGUAACCGUACGCAGAAGAAGGUCCAGCUCUUCCGCGGCCACCUCGUUCUCGAUGUGGAGGUCCCCUCGCUUCUUCUGGACCAGAGCCUGAUCAAGGAGGGCAACGAGUUUACCAAGAUGCGCUACACUGCCGUCACGUGUGACCCCAACGACUUUGUCGAGGACAAGUACACGCUCCGCCAGCGACUCUACGACCCUCCUCGUCAAACCGAGCUGUUCAUUGUUGUGACCAUGUACAACGAAGACGACGUGCUCUUCUGCCGUACCAUGAGAGGUAUCAUGCAGAACGUCGCACACCUGUGCAGCCGUUCUCGCAGUAAGACCUGGGGCCAGGACGGCUGGAAGAAGGUCGUCGUGUGUAUCGUUUCCGACGGUCGUGCCAAGAUCAACCCGCGAACCCGGUCCGUGCUCGCCGCCCUCGGCGUGUACCAGGACGGCGUCGGUAAGAACAUGGUCAACGGCAAGCCUGUGACUGCCCACCUGUACGAGUACACGACGCAGCUCUCGAUUAGCUCCAGUGGAAAGAUUGGACCAGGCGGCAACAACACGGUGCCGAUUCAGCUCAUCUUCUGUCUGAAGGAGAAGAACCAGAAGAAGAUUAACAGCCACCGCUGGUUCUUCAACGCGUUCGGCGACUGUCUUCGUCCAAACGUCUGCGUCCUCCUUGAUGUCGGAACUCAGCCCGGACCCAAGUCCAUCUACCACUUGUGGAAGGCCUUUGACAUCAACUCGUCUGUUGGUGGCGCAUGUGGUGAAAUCGUCGCACUCAAGGGCACGAUGGGCAUCAACUUGAUCAACCCUCUCGUUGCCGCCCAGAACUUUGAGUACAAGAUGUCCAACAUUCUCGACAAGCCCCUCGAGUCGGUGUUCGGCUAUAUUACCGUGCUGCCCGGUGCCUUCUCUGCAUACCGUUACAUUGCGCUUCAAAACGACGAGCGCGGACAAGGACCUCUCGAGAAGUACUUUUACGGAGAGACGAUGCACGGCGCCGGCGCCGGUAUCUUCAAGGCCAACAUGUAUCUGGCUGAAGACCGUAUUCUCUGCUGGGAGCUUGUCAGUAAACGUGGCAGCAAGUGGCUUCUUCACUACGUCAAGUCGUCGUACGCGACAACCGACGUUCCCGACGCUGUCCCCGAACUGGUAUCCCAGCGUCGACGAUGGCUUAACGGUUCCUUCUUCGCUGCAAUUCACUCGAUUGUUCACUUUGGUUACAUUUACCGCUCCUCGUAUGUUGGCGUCCGCACCUCAGUUCUGACACCCAGACACAACUUUGGCCGCAAGUUCCUGCUCCACGUCGAGUUGAUCUACCAGAUCAUCAGCAACGUCUUCGCAUGGUUUGCCCUCGGCAACUUUUACAUCGCCUUUGUUGUUCUCACGGACUCAAUGGACCCCUACGGCAAAGUGUUCCACAUCCUCAACAAGCCACUCCACUAUGCGUAUAUAGCGCUGCUGAUGUUGUGUUUCAUCCUUGCUCUUGGUAACAGGCCUCAAGGUUCCAAAUGGGGUUACACACUUGCUAUGGUCGGCUUUGCUCUGAUAACAGUCUACAUGAUCUUCUGUGCAGUCUUCCUCGCCAUCAAGGGAGUUGAGGGCGUCAAGGAAAGCGGUGGUCUCAAGAACCCAAGUGCCAUCUUUGGGUCAAAGAUCUUUGCCAACAUUGUCAUCUCGUUGGCUGCCACCUACGGCUUGUACAUUGUGUCCUCUAUCAUCUCAUUGGACCCCUGGCAUCUGAUUACCUCCUUUAUCCAAUACCUUUUGCUCGCUGCUUCCUACGUCAAUGUGUUGAACGUUUACGCAUUCUGCAACGUCCACGAUGUUUCGUGGGGAACCAAGGGCUCGGACAAGGCGUCUGAAGAUCUCGGCGUCGUCAAGUCGGACGGCGGCGGCAACGAGGUCGUUGUCGAGGUUCCGGUUGAGCAAAAGGACAUCAAUGCUACGUACCAGGAGGAACUGGCCAUCCUGGCGUCCAAGCCUCCUCCUGAGUCGAGUGGCAGAUCGGCCGAUCAGAAGCAGGAAGACUACUACAAGAACUUCCGUACGAACGUCCUUCUGGCUUGGACCAUGACCAACGCCCUCCUCGCCGGCAUCAUCCUGGGCACAAACACCAAUCUUGCCACGACGUAUAUGGGUAUCAUGCUCUACACCGUUGCUGGCCUGGCCUUCUUCCGCUUCGUCGGCGCCGUCUUCUACCUGGUUAUCCGCCUCUUCAUGGGAGAGUGAGCGCAUCUGAUCAAUGUCUAAGGGGUCGGUCCAGCAGCCUGUUUGUGCACAUUAUUGCCCUGGCCAAUAUUACAGCUUUACGAAAAAAGGAUAAAUGAGUGAUGAGAUUGUUUGGAUGCGAGUUGGGAUUGCCAUCGGACCAUGCUACAUACAUAACAGCCACCUUGGCCUCAUUUCCUCAAGGCCCUUGUGACGUACACGCGUGCUUGGAGCUUGAUGUCUGUCCAGAUAUCGCUCCACCACGCCUUGACCCACUUGUUCAUUCGGUCGCGAUUGCCGACCUGCCAGUCGCGGUAAAACUGAGCGAGGACGGCUUCACGAGCGGCCUCGUCCUCGGGCGUGGGGGGGUCGGACGCGGGCGGGAGGGUCGCGAGACGGGCAGCCAUUUGGGCCUGGAAGUCGGUGUUGGUUGUGGCCCAGAACCGGUGGUUGGUAACGUCCACGCGCUCGCGGUGCAUAGUGUACGCGAGCUCGAGCUCGUCUCCGCGCGGCGUGGUGGUCACGGGGAACUCGACGGCCGAGUAUGGCGAGUUUGAGGGGCGCCGGCGGCGCGUGGACGCGUAGAGCACUGGGCGGAUAUUGGACAGCGGGUCGGGGGGCGCGACGAGGUCGACGUCCCCGCUGUCGACGACUACUUCGCGCCGUCUUCGCCUUGUUGGCGCUGCGGCGGAGGCGGCUGGCGGCGCGGACGACGCGGACGACAUGGAUGCGGUGGCUUGUGCUGUCGCCGCGCGGGCGAGCGGGAGGGCCGUCCUCCUCGUUAGGCUGUUCAUGCUGUGAGGUUGGAGAGGUGGUG